AUGCUCACUCGCCGUGUCACCGUCAUGGAUUCUGAAGGUCGUCCACAAUCCAAAGUUGCCUUCAUCGACAAUGGCAGCACCCGAAGUUACGCUUCCCGAGAUUUAAUCAAAAGCCUGAACCUCGCCCCAUGGGAUGACACUUCAAUCCUCCUUCAAACGUUCGCGAAUCCAAAGCUUGUCCCAAUGCACACGGAACUCUUCAAAGUGCACUUCCAAGUCAAUGGAAAGGUGAUCCCUCUCAUACUAACCGCUGUACCAGAACUGCCAAAGCACAUUCCCGCCGUGGAUAUGGAGGACGAAUCGAUUCAUGAUUUGCUCGCUGAUCCCCACGCAGUCCUACCUCGUGUCGAAGAGAAUCCAGACAUCCUCAUCGGAUUGGACUCCAUGCAAACUCUUCUUGGCAAACGAAGUGUCGACAUUCUCCCUUGGCAUGGUGGAGGUAUGGGGAAUUGA